CGCCUAUUUGCUAGAAAACGUGUUUUAACUUCGUUCGUGCUUUUGUUUCUAAUGCGUUGAAUUUAAUUCAGUAUGUCGUGGAACGCGUAGUUGCGCUUAGCCAGAGAGGAAGUUGAAUCCAAGAAGAGAUGAAUGAAUGUGGUGAAUACAGAACUUGAAACAACAGCUCAUGCGAACAGAGUAGCCAAGAAACUCUCCAAAACAGCACUGCAGGAGCAUCAGAAAGAGCAGAAGGAAAGCUCAGAGAAACAAAAGCAGAGAAAACUGGAGGAAAGAUUACAGAAUGCACCCCAGAAAAGAGCAUUAAACUCCUCUGCAGUGAAACCUUUCAAAAAGAGAGAUAACACCAUGAAUACAGUUUUAAACCCUGCUUUCCCGGCGCUUGUUUCCGUGUUGAUGCUGCAGUGCCAAGCCUUCAUCUUCAGAGAAAUCACAGUGAAUGACCCCGUGACCUUCCCGUGUACCUGCUCUGGAAAUUGCCCAGUGGUCCAGUGGACCCGCUUCAUUCCCAGCGAAGCCGUCAUUGCUGAAAGCCGGAUGUGUCACGGUAAACAGUACGAUGAGAGAUUUUCAGUAUCAGGAAAUGCCAGCAGAGGAAAUUUCUCCCUGACGAUCAGUUCAGUAGCCUACAAUGAUGCCGGCUCCUACAGGUGCAGCUGUAAUAGAAACCCAGUUGCUGAAGUAAAGCUGAAAGUUAUCGUUCCGACAGUUAUAAAGGCUUUCGAGAGGGAGAAUGUCACCCUCCCGUGCUACGGAAACACUCAGCACAAUGUUCAAGAUGUCACAUGGAAGAAAGAUGGACAAAAGGUUCUGCUGUACACCCCGGCAAACAGAUCAGUGACGACUGCUGAAGCAUCAGAAAGCAGAUUGAUGAUGUCCAUAAAAGGCUUUCUAGAUGGUUGUCUCUCUCUUCACAUCAGUUCAGUUCAUCUGUCUGAUGCAGGAUUAUAUCAGUGUCUCCUCCAUGAUGAGUCUCAGGACGGAGACCCAGAAGCUGUUUUACUGAAGGUAGAAGGGCGACAACAAUUAUCAACCACCAACAGCAAUGAAGUUUCAGUCCUGUGUGUGUUUCUAGGAUGCAUCAUCUUGGUUGGCAUCAUUGGAUUAAUUGUUUACGUUGUCAGAAGACGCUUCAGGAAAUCCAGAUCAGGAGUUUAACACACAGGACAGCAUUAAAACCAAAGCUCUAAGAGGGAUUCCAGUCCAUGAACAAUUCAUCAGUAGACAGAGAUGUGGCACAUAUUCUAUUUUAUAAAUACAACCCCAA